GCGUAUCUCGCAAUUUCUAUCCUUUCAUAUACAGUGUUCAGACAUAUUUGUUACUUCUAUCAUACUGCUCGAAGACCAGAACAAGCCCUAACUCGACAAAUCAAACGAGUAAUCGAGCACAACAAGCCUGUCCAAGAAACUCUAUCGAACAGAGCAAUCAAAAUGACGACCGAAGACCAAGAAGAACCCUUCGAAUAUUUUGCCAAAGUCACACUCGGAAUCGUAUGCUUCAUAUGGUUCCUUGCAACCCUCUUCUGCACACCAGUCGGACGCUGGCUUCGAUGUCAAAACCCACGUGCUCGACGGCCGUUUUUCUACAAUCCUGGAGGAUGUGAGCGGCCAGAAAAUGACGAGUGGCAAACGAUUGAUAACCGACGACCCAUCGAGGCUGAUCCUGCGAGUGAGGUAUGGCCCGUAGGAGGGGAAGAUGAUAGUCUCAGUUUGAGCACGGCUAUCAAUUACCGUGGUGAUUCGAAUGGCGAGCAUGGCAAGGAUGGUGUCAAGAAAAGUGGAAGAUGUUCAGGAAGGGGUACACAAUUUGAUAGAAUGAAACAUUGA